AUGCCUGAAGAUUGUGUGCAAAGAAUCAUCAAGGUAGGGAAGAAAAGCCUACCAUCUGUUCUGACCAGAGGGAUGGAGAUAGAUGUCAAUUCUACCACGAUCACUGAAGAUGAUUGGAGAAAUUCUAUCAUGACUUACUUACAAUAUCCAACUCUGCCCUCUGAAAAGAGAGUCAGAAUCAUGGCUAUGAACUACCUUAUGUGGAAUGAAGAUUUGGUCCGAAAAAGCAAGGAUGAGGUACUAUUAAGGUGCCUCGGAAGGAAAGAAUACAUGAAAGUCAUGGGAGAGAUUCAUGAAGGGAUCUGUGGAGCCCACCAAGGAGGAAGAAAAAUGUGCUGGUUAAUCAGGAGAUAUGGCUAUUUCUGGCCAACCAUGAUGAAAGAUUGCAUUGACUAUUCCAAAGGUUGUGAGUCUUGUCAAAGGCACGGCCCAAUCCAGCAGGCUCCUUCAGUUCCCAUGAAUCCAGUGGUAAAGCCAUGGCCUUUUAGAGGAUGUGCAAUGAAUCUCAUUGGUAAGAUCUAUCCAACCAGCAGCCAGCAACACUGUUUUAUUAUUGUUGCUACAGACUAUUUCACCAAGUGGGUGGAAGCCAAGCCUGUUAAAUCCACUACAUCUCAAGAGAUCAUCACCUUCAUAGAAGAACAAAUUAUACAGAGGUUUGGCAUUCCAAAAUCAAUCACAACUGAUAGGGGAUUUUCUUUCAUAUCUGGAGAGAUGCUGGAUAUGGUAGAGGCAUUCAAAUUCAGGCUACUUCAAUCCACUCCCUACUAUGCUCAAGCUAAUGGACAUUAUCAGAAAAAUAAUCAUCAACAUUAUCAGAAAAACGCUUGA